AUGGCACGGCACGGCGCCAGCCUGCUGCUGCUGCUGCUCGGCAUGAUGCCAGCUCUCCUGGUGGCCGUCAGGAUCAACGGCAAGGGCCGCGAGGUUCUCUACCUGGCCAAGGGCGACUCGGUCAAGCUGGGCUGUCCGUAUGUCCUGGAGCCCGAGGACAACGGACCCCAGGGCGUGGGCAUCGAGUGGAUCCAGAUCAGCCCCGAGAGACCCAGCCCCGAGAACGUGUUCCUGUCCUACCAGGACCACCACGUGAACUACGGCAGCUCGGGGCUGCAGGACCGUGUGGCCUUCGUGCAGACGGACCCGGGCCAGCGCGACGCCUCCAUCCGCGUGGCCGACCUGCAGGAGAGCGACACCGGCACCUACCAGUGCCGCGUCAAGAAGAACACGGUGGCCGUGCACGAGGUCAUCGUCACCGUGCAAGGUGGCCCUGACAGUGUCCCGUGUCCCCCCGCCCCAGCAGAGAAGCCGGCGGCCCCGCAGUGCUGGAGCGAGGGGGAGCUGAUCGAGGGGGGCUCGGUGCUGCUGCGCUGCUUCAGCCGGGGGGGCACCGCGCCCCUCUCGUACCAGUGGGCAAAGCUGGCAGAGGGCUACGGCGGGGGGCGCCUGCCCGCGGGCACCCUGCAAGGCCGUGCCCCCGGUGACCUCCUGAUCCGCAGCCUGACCGUCAGCCACGCUGGCACCUACCAGUGCCGUGUCACCAACCGCGUGGGCUACUCGGUGUGCCAGCUGAACCUGAGCCCCGGGCCACGUGACCGUGUCCCCGUGCCAGGCGGGCGCCAGGCUGGCAUCAUCGUGGGCUCCAUCCUGGGCUCGCUGCUCCUGCUCAGCCUCCUGGGGCUGCUCAUCUGGGCACUGAUCGCCCGCUACCAGCGCAAGGAGUGCCAGCGCGCCUGCAGCGACUGCCGGAGCAGCACGGGUGGCACCAUGCCCCGGCCGUGCGCCGCCUGUGCCCACCACUCGUACUCCCCGCAUGGCAUCAGCUACAUGCAGUGCCAGCACGGCGACGGCGACGAGCGCGCGGCCGCGCUGCUCUGCAACGAGGGCAUGCGACACCAGGUCACCUGUCCCGCGCUGUGACACCGCGGCCACCCAGCGGCGACAGCGACAGCGACACACAGAGAGAGCCCGCCUGCAAAAGUGACGGCAGGAGCGGCUCCCGACGCCAAAAAAAACCGAAAAAGCUUCAAAUUCCCACAGAAUCGUUCAAAAUCCUACAAAAUCGCCCCCAAAAUCCCAUAAAAUAUUUAAAAAACCUCCCAAAAUUCCCACAGAAUUCCAUAAAAUCCUUUAAAAGCCCCCAAAAAUUCCUGUCCUGGAGCGCCCUCGUGGGGCCACUGCAGGGACAGAGACAGGGACGGCGAGUCCGCAAAAGUGACGGCAGGAGCGGCUCCCGAUGCCAAAAAACCCGAAAAAGCUUCGAAUUCCCACAGAAUCGUUCAAAAUCCUACAAAAUUGCCCCCAAAAUCCCAUAAAAUAUUUAAAAAACCUCCCAAAAUUCCCACAGAAUUCCAUAAAAUCCUUUAAAAGCCCCCAAAAAUUCCUGUCCCGGAGCGCCCUCGCGGGGCCACUGCAGGGACAGAGACACGGACAGCGAGUCCGCAAAAGUGACGGCAGCAGCGGCUCCCGACGCCAAAAAACCCGAAAAAGCUUCGAAUUCCCGCAGAAUCGUUCAAAAUCCUACAAAAUCGCCCCCCAAAUCCCAUAAAAUAUUUAAAAAACCUCCCAAAAUUCCCACAGAAUUCCAUAAAAUCCUUUAAAAGCCCCCAAAAAUUCCUGUCCUGGAGCGCCCUCGUGGGGCCACCACAGGGACGGGGACAGCGACAGCGACAGCGACAGAGAGAACGACAGAGAGAGCCCGCCCGACAAAGUGACGGCAGCAGCGGCUCCGCAAGCCCAAAAAAUCCUUUAAAAGCUUCGAAUUCCUACAGAAUUCUUCCCGAAAUCCCACGGAAUCGUACACAGUUCCAGAGAAUCCCUCCCAAAAAUUCCAUAAAAUAUUUCAAAACCCGCAAAAAUUCCCACAGAAUCCCAUAAAAUCUUCAAAACCCAA